AGUUCCGCGCCAUCCUCCGUAUCGUUGACACGUCGUAGGAAAAGAGUGCGGGAGUCAGUUGAUUUUCCUCUUUCGUGACUCGUCCAGUGUGUCAAUCGUAACCUUCGACAGUUUCUAUCGUGGUACCGAACAGUUUCGUCGUUCAGUAGACCGGCUCGUGCGCGAUCCGAAAGCGUCGUUGCUUUAUUUAGAAAGUCACGCGUUGAACGAACAGUGCGCGUUGACUUUACUAACAAUUUUAUCCGUUGCUUGUGUCAUUGAUCGCGUGUAUCGACCGUCUUCGUUCUGUGCCGUACUUUACACAAGUGGAUUGGUGAAUAUCGUGCGUACGUGACAUUCGGAUCAGUGAACAUUUAACCGGUGAACGAUGUCGUCAACGAGCUGCCUGUUCACCGUGAUUCUUCUGAUCGCUGCUGCGACCGGUAUCAAUACCAGUCAAACCAUGGACGCCAAGAUUCGUGACGACUCCGACUUGUCUCAGUUCUAUCAAUUGCUGGAGGCGAGUCAGGUGGCAAACAACACCCUCGCGUACCGCCAUGUGACAGUUUUCGCACCUACAAAUAGAGCUUUCCAAAAGCACAUAGGAUCUACCAAGAAUUUGGUUCUCUAUCACAUGUCAAACUUCCCAAAGACAAUCGAGAACCUAGGAGACUCAAUCUCAUCAGAGCUUGAGGGUAAUCCACCCUUAUGGGUCACCAGGAGAUCAGGCACACACGGCGAGGACGUUUACAUAAAUAACGCAAAGAUCAUCGUAGAACGAAGCAAUUUUCAAUCGAAGGUUACAGUCGGUGGCGAUGUGAAAACUCAGGUUUUGCAUAUAAUAAACGAGGUGCUCGAACCUGUACGUGUAAAUUCUGCAGAAAUGCCAAUUUAUAAUCCAAAUGCUUUCGAAUUUCUAAAUCAGAGCGAAAAUCUCGACUUGGGUGUGCAUCGUGUUCGCACCUUCCGACAGCGGAUCGUCAAGGAGAAGAAGGAAGAAGUCUUCAAGGCAGACGGACGUUACACUUUUCUCAUCCCCGUUGAGGAGGGUUUCAAGCCAUCGCUAAGACCGGACAAAGUUGACCGCGUGGUAAUUGAUGGCCACGUGAUACCCAACCACGUCCUCUUCACAACCCCAACACCUGCUAAUGUACCUUAUGAAACCCUUGCCUUCGGCGAUAAUGUCAAAGUCACCGUUAGUUUCCUCAAGGUUCAUGAUAAAGUCUACGUGCAAUCCAAUACCAUGGUGGACAAUUCUGGCCACCCAACCGGAGUGGUACUGGCGGAAAUAGUCAAAGCGAAUAUCCCGGUGAAGAACGGCGUGGUACACUUGAUUGAACGACCAUUGAUGGUCGUCGAUACCACCGUGAAGGACUUCCUCGAGUCCUUCAAGGGCAUCGAAAAAGAGGACGGACCGGUGUACAAGUUUUACCAGACCAUUCGAGAUUUCGGAGAUGAAUUCAUGAGCACCAUAAGCCAUCUUCGCGACGUUACCCUCUUUGCACCGAGCAAUGCUGCUCUCGAAGAACCGGGUGUACAACAGAUCCUUCAGAAUAAGGAACGAGUCAAGGAUAUCCUGAAUCUUCACUACGUUAAGGAGCGACUACCUCUCGACAAAAUCAAGAACAAAACUGUCAGCCAGAAAUCCUCGAACGAGAAGUCACACGGGGUGUCUACGGCGGCAGACAGGAAGAAGCUCUAUUUUAAUGUAGUUCAAGAACCAAGCGGAAAUCAGAUUGUUACCGUGGAAGGUGGUGGCGUGAAUGCAACAGUGGUCACCGCAAACAUUGCUGCUACCAAUGGAUUGAUCCACAUCAUUGAUAGGGUUCUUGGUGUACCAUAUACUACUGUGUUCGAUAAACUUAGGACUGACCCCAUGCUUAAUACCACCUAUUUUCUGGGACAACGGCGUGAUUUCAACGAUCAAUUGAACGACACCACGAAGCGUUUCACCUACUUUGCUCCCCGAGAAGAUGCCUGGAAGUCAGCAGCUAUCAGUUACCCCUCUACCACUAAGAAAAUUUUUAUGAAUGACUUCAGCUAUCACACGAAACAAAUCCUGGAACGACACCUGGUGAUAGCAGACGAAGCGUUCACAAUGGCAAAGCUAAAGGAAAUGAAACACAACGACACCAUAAUCCUUCCAGCCGCCAGAGACAGCCUGAAGCUUCGUAUCCGGGACUACGGUGAAAAUGACAAGUACGAUGAAAACGCGAUCCGUCCAGAAACAUUCGGUUACCAGAUCGAGUGGGAGGGGAAAUGGAUUUACGUGUUCCGUCCAGACGUCGAGUGUACCAACGGCAUCAUCCACGUGAUCGACAAGGUGUUCAUGAAGGAUAGCGACGUCAGAGUGACCGGAACCGCGUCGAUCACCAGUCUGGCACCGCACUUGAUCAUGAUUCUGGUAGCGAAAUGGCUGCUUUAAGGACGAGUCUCAGCGAAUAUUGUCAUAGGUGCACCUAGGAAUUUGUAUCGGGACCGUCUCCGAUCGUCCACGUCCAACAGAACGUCGAUCGUGGUCAUGGACGAAUGCUCUUCAGGAUCAAUUGUGUCUUUAAACGACACCGAUUAAUCCUGAAAUCUCGUCGGGUCCUAUCAGAGUUCUCUGACUGAUGGCCCAUUUAAAUGUGUUCUCUGUUAAAUAAAAUAUGGACACGCGAUCGGGGACGAUCCAGAAGGAAACCACUCGAGGUCUAGACCCUUGAGCUGAUCAUCAACGAGGAUACUCGACCGGACAAGCGCCAGACCGACAACUUAAGUGGUCGAAGCUUAACCUGGAAACGUACUACUUAGCGGUUUCAGCAGUCGAAUUAAUCGUCGUCAUUAAAUAAUGGUUCGCUAACGAACGAGCUGGUGUUAUUUACGUAACGAUAGAGAUCCUUUGUUUUUUUUUUUUUUUUCAUUUCAAGUUUUAUCGUAUCGACGGAAACGGUCGAGUCCCGCGUGUAUCCGAACGUCCACGGGGAGUUGGAGGGAUAAAAAAGACAUUAGAAGGGACGAUUCGUGGCUGGGACAGACAGUUUCCCCGGUGUUUAGAAGCGCCAAUGAUCGUACCAAAUAAUUAAUUAACCGUACCAAGUAAUUUAGAGAAAAGUCACGAGCGAGGGACGAACGUGGAGGCAGAGCUGAGAUUUCGGGGAACCUUCUUCGAGUACAAAGGCCUGAUGGUUGUUUUUUUUUUUUAUAGAGAUGUCUCUUUUACUUUCUUCUGGGUCAUUAUUUUUAAUAUUUGUCCAGGUCUGAUAACAAACGACUUAGAAAUUAUCAGGAAAGUUCAUCGAACACCAAACAAGGAUAACAUCCUUUUCACGCAGAUAUUCAAAAAUUUAGCUUAUAGUGAUCCCAUCGAACGCCGUCGAUAAGUUUCGCCUAAUAAUGGUACUUCGAUUCCAAUGACAAUGACACGCUAUACUUCUGUGUGUGUGCGAAUCACGUUGUGAGACACACUUGCCACAAACUGGCUCGAAAAUGUAUAUAUACAUAUGGGAAAAAUGAAACCUCGUCCUCGAAAAUCCUGAAUGAGAACAGAAGAGAAACACCAUGGAAAUGAAGACACAACGUUGUCUCUCGAUGCAUGAUUCGCGACUGUCGUUACAGGAGUGAUUUCCGAUUGCACUCGCUCUCUGUAUCAUAUCGUAUUAACACUGUCUACUUACUGAUUAAUACUGCCAUGUUUCACUGCAGGCUAAACCAGCGUGCGAACGAGUUUUUGUACAAUUAUCAUUGAAGGAAGCGGAAGCUUUAACCACUAGCUACUUGAUCACAUUCCGGCGCAUGUGUAGGUAUUUUAAAUGAAUUGCCUUAUGAGAAAAGGAAAGUAAAAAAUGAAUGCUUUCUCUAUUCGAUUUGUCAUCGAUAUUGAUAUUUGAAAUAUCUGAUAAAAUUUAAAAUUUAGAAAAUUUAAAAAAUGGAAAUAGAAAAGGAAUUGUAAAUCCAAGGAUUAAAAUAAGAUGAGCAAAGUGAUAAGAUAAUGAAUGGAAUGUAAUUAUAAUUUUUAGUUAAAAAUUAUGCUCCCAAUCAUUGAAAAUUCGUGGAAAUAGGAGGAAGUUUUCAUUUUAUGAUUUCCAUUUUCAACAUGGCAAUUCAUUUAAAUCACCUGUACGCGUGAUACGUAAAAUAUUCAUUCAAAAAUUCCUUGUUUUUAUCGACUGUACAGUACUAUAUAUACAAUAUAUCUAUACAUAUAUAUAGGAUCAUGAAUGUCAACGCACCGUGUCAGGAUAGAGUCAUCAUGAUUACUGCCGAGUUUAUGUUUUGAUUUGACCAACUGCACUUCAGUUUAAUACCUUAGCGAUCUUAUGUCUUAACUUCAAAAAAUCUGAGAAAAAUCAGCAGAUGUAAGAUCGCGAACGAUUAAACUGCAGCCACGAAAUCGAGAUACAAAAUAAGAAAAGCAAAGAAAGAAGAAAGAUAAGACACAUCACCGUUUCAUUCCACGAUUAGAAAAGGCUAAGCUGUCUGUGUGUGUACAAGUAAUUGCAACGAUUGCGCGUGUCCGUUCGACAAAACUAAAAAUUUAAAAAAAAAUCACAUACGUUAAAGAACAGAGAAGAACAAUACCCUGUGUAUUCGAAGUUGAGGAAAUCAAAAUCCUCGAAAUUUCGUUUUCUCUUAGAAUAAGUGUUCACGAGGCACUUGAUAAAGGCACAGGUCAAAAUGCAAAAAAUGGAACGCCGAAACUAAAUAAAAAAGUCGACAUGAGCGAUCGGGGAUCGAUCUCGUUCCGAUCGAAAAAUAAAAACGAGACUUUGUAAUUAAGAAUUCAUUCAGCUAUCGCAGUUUUCUCCAAAGAAAAUGAAAAAAUAAAAAAGAUUAAUAGAUGAAUUCGAUGUUAUACGUGUUGAUAUCAGUCUAUACAUAUAUAUAUAUAAAAGAAGUAUAAAAAUAAAUAAAUAUAUAUAUAUAAAUAUAUAUAAUGAACAGAGAUAUAUUGACGAGGAAGAAAGUACGAUUGAAAAAGAAAGACGAAAGGGAACUGAAGAAUAAAAAAAAAAAAAAAUGAAUAAUAA